AUGACUGAUCUCCAGCUAAAACUUAAAAAUGCUGCCUGUGUUGUCAGGGAGUCUGCUGAGGCAGCCACGGAAACUGCUCUUCCUCCUUUACAGAAGUCUGUUUUACCAGAGACACACGUUAAUGAUGCAGGGACUUCCAAGAUAUCCAAUGCGAUGGAAGGAGAACCAGCUGCAGACAAAGCAGACGCGCCUGAAUCUUCAGCCAACUUAACUCAUCACCAGUCCACCAUGCCAAAAAACCACAGGGAGAAAUCCCUUUCAGCAAGGCUGUCGUUAGGUGGUUUCUUGCCAAAGCUUCCAUCCAGAUCCAAUCCAAGUAAUGCAAACCAGACACAGACCAGAAGCUCCGGCCUUUUUGAAAGCUCACUGCUGAAUAGAGGUGCUGACGUGACUCGUGAAGUAAAUAACAGCUGUAUGAUCGACAACCUCGACGAUGAAGUCCUUCCUGAGGUCAGUAGCGAGGAAGAGCUUUCAGAAAGCGUGGACAGCUCUUUGCUUAAACUGACACAAGAGCGAGACAGCUCUCCACGGGAGCUUGUGUCAAUGGAGCCUGAGGAUGAUUCAGUGUUUGAGCCUGCCACAAAGACCACCCAAGGUCUGAAAAGGCCCUUCCCAGAAGAUGACAAUGAAGAUCUUAAAGCAGAGAGCAAGAGAAAACAAUCCACCUCUUCUAUUAUCGAAAAGUGGGAAAGUAGCGUUUCACGUGUCAAUUCUGAGGAGGUCCCAGGUCGCAUGACUAAGAACAUUGAGGCUGUCAGUUCCAGCAGCAGCUCUGCUAAUCUGAGAUAUGAAAGCACAUUUGAAUCAAGUUACAAGUACAGUCAGUGUGACUCACAGUUGGACGGGACAACUGAUCAUGAAUUCGACUUUAAAAAGAAACUUGAUGAUGGAAGCAUUACGGCAGAUGAGUUCCUGAGACACUUUGGAAUCAACUUUGUCAUUCACAGAUCUCGACCAAGUGCUCUUCCUGAAAACUUAAAAUCUGACCAAACACGUACCAUGGAGGACUUGCUCAAGGAGAAAUACAUCUACCGGCCAAAGCAGAGGGUGUAUGAGACAGACUGUCAGAAACUCACAGAGAUGGUAGAGGGACUUAAAACAAGAAUAUCGGAGCAAAGUCAUCCAAUGAGGAGUAUCAAUGUGUCGCUGAUGAGGGGGAUGUCAGAACUGUCAAAAGAAGAGCUUCAAAGCUUUGGCUCGAAGUUGAAAGAGAGAAAAGUAUACUUCCGAAAGAGAGGCAAAUCGCUUUCUCAUGAAAUGAAAGAAGCCUUGUACUCUGAGCUUGUUAAAACUACACAGGAGGCACAAAGAAACUUGAGAGAGAAAAUUGAGGAGGUGGAUGGGAUACUCAAGGAUCUUGAUGAAUGCAUAAAUAAGUUAAACGCAGACCUGGCAGCUAAAGAUGUCAUUCUAACAGAAGACUUCCCCACAAACCCUGACAUGAUGCCUGCUUUGAAAACAAGACAACAAGAACUGCUGAAUCUUAACACAGCUGUCGCUGAAAAUGAAAGGCAAAUUGGCGAGUUGGAAGUGCAGAAGAAGGCCACACAGGAUAAACUGGACUUGAUGCGGAAAGACAUCACUGGACUUCAAAGUGACAUCACAGUUUUGAACAGACUGAAUGAAUGGAGACUGGCUGAGAGGAAUGACAACAGAGCUCUGUUUACUUACCUCCAUAACACUCUAGAGAUGGAGCUCACUUUCCAAAACCCUCUUGGAAAAGACAAAAGUGGUGAUGCUGAACGGAACAUGGACAUAUCCUUUCAUUUACAACUAGAUGGGGAGAAGUCACAGUGCUUUGCGGUCAUGGUUCAUAAGUUGCUCUCCCAGUACAUUCAAGCAGAUAGAAAGUGGGCAGAGAAAUACCCAACAGCUGGUCAUAUUCCAAUGCUCCUACACGAGGUGGGCCUGGUCGUGAGCCGUCUUCGUCUGUUGGGAGAGGAGAUCCACCGAAUGAAAAAGUGGGGCGCUCUCAGACUGGACAUCCUGGAGCUGACCUGUGUGGAUACACUAGUUCAUAUCAUGUUCUCCAGCCUUAAAGCAUUUGUGAAAUUUGAGGUGACCCUUGCUGUUACCUCAGACUACCCCCUAAGUCGUCCACAAUUGCAGACCUUCGUUAACCUCAUCGGAAACACAAGAUCUGAUCAAGUAGACAAAAUAAUAUCUUCAACCGCACCAUCCAAGAACUGCCUGACAAAGAUUGUCAAGAGGAUUCACGAUGAACUAUUGUGUUGA